AUGUCUUCUUCUUCAACCUACUGGUGCUACAGAUGCAACCGAUUCGUGCGGAUUUUCAACAAGGACUGCAUCAAUUGCCCAGAUUGCAACAGCGGCUUCGUUGAGGAGAUCGAGGAUCCCAACAGUUCUUCUUCCCUUUCCGACUCCAGCCGCCGCCGCUUCCCCGCCGCCGACAUGUACAUGCCUCGGACCCCCGAAUCGGGUCCCGGUUCCGGAUCUGGAUCCGGUUCCGUCGCGGUUGCCAGUCCCAGGCUGAGGAGGAGCCGCAGGAACGGAGGAGAUCGGUCGCCGUUCAAUCCGGUUAUUGUUCUCCGCGGUCAUAACGAUGGCGGCGGCGGCGGUGGAGGUGGGGCCACGCACGGGGGAAGAUUUGAAUUGUAUUAUGACGACGGAUCUGGAUCGGGCCUGCGCCCCUUGCCCGCCACCAUGUCGGAGUUUCUUUUAGGGUCGGGUUUUGACAGGUUGCUGGAUCAGUUGUCUCAGAUCGAGGCCAACGGAAUUGGGAGAGUAGAUAGCAACCCGCCUGCGUCCAAGGCCUCAAUUGAGUCCAUGCCCACCGUCCAAAUAAACGACGGGCACAUAUCCGUUGAAUCUCACUGCGCUGUCUGCAAGGAUCCUUUCGAGUUGGGCACUGAGGCACGCGAGAUGCCCUGCAAGCAUCUCUACCAUCCGGACUGUAUCCUCCCCUGGCUUGCCCUCACGAAUUCGUGCCCUGUGUGCAGACACGAACUGCCUACCGACAUCGAUGCUGUCAAUGCCAGUCGGGGUCCUCUCGAGGCUAGCAGGGGAGGAUCGAACGAGGUCGAGAAUGAUGAUGAGACGGUUGGGCUGACGAUAUGGAGGCUGCCGGGUGGUGGUUUUGCGGUAGGGAGAUUUUCAGGUGGGAGGAGGGGUGGGGAGAGGGAGCUUCCUGUGGUUUAUACGGAGGUUGAUGGUGGUUUCCCGAACAAUGGUGCCCCAAGAAGAAUUUCAUGGGGCUCAAGGGGUGAUGUGUCGAGGGAGAGUGGCGGGCUGAGGAGGGUGUUGCAUAACCUGUUUGCGUGCUUCGGUAGGGGAGGUGGUGGGUCAUCGGUUUCAACCUCAAGCUCGAAUUCGAGAACGAGCAGGAGGAGAGGCUCCUUGUCUUCCCUCUUUGGUGGGCUCACCUCUAGAAGACGUGGAGGAUUGGUUUUUGAAGUUAACAAUGGGAAUAAUGAUAGGGGAUGGUGA